AAUGGGCUGUGAGCGAACCCUAACCUGAACAUCCACCGCGCGUACGAUGGCGACCGAAGAAACGCAGCUGGACAAGGUCAAAGAUGGUCUAGAGGGGACCAAAACAACAUGGAAGGCUUGUCAAACAAUCAUCGGGUCCGUGCGUGUCAGAUAAUUCCAGGCGAUAAUCCUGUGCGGCCUCAUCUAAGCUGGCAUAAGCCAAAGCGGACUUUGAAGCAGCUCGCAGGAGCCUGCCCAACGUUUAUAUAACAACUCCCUAUCAACCAACCACACUUCCCUUUCUCCCCUCAACUACUCUGAAACCUCUCUUGAGACUCCUUUAUAUCCUCUAAGAUGUCUGACGACGAAGGUGGUGGCAGGAAAGGCGGUUAUCGUCUCGACUACGCUCUCAACAACCGCACUGGUUGUAAAGGUGCGUCCGAGUACAACUUUUACCCCCUCUUCCCUGAGGUGCUAACGACCGCGUUUUUUCGCGUCUCUGUUGGUCUUAUAGGUCCCAAGCCAUGCCACGGUAUAUUUGUCUUGCGCUGCGUCGUUGGAGUGCCCUCACAUCGUCUUACAGGUACUAAACUCCUCAAGGGCGAGUUCCGCCUCGGAACUCUCGUCGACUUCAGGGGUAACACGUCGUGGGCCUACCGUCACUGGGGCUGCGUGACCAAGAAAGUCCUCAGCAACAUGAAGGAAGUCUUCGAAGACCCCGCCGACCUUGACGGCUUCGACGACCUUAAGGAGGAAGACCAAGAACGCGUCCGUGCUGCCUGGGAAGCAGGUCACGUCGCUGACGAAGACAUUCCUGAUACUGCUCGUAAACCCGAAGGCGAGGAAGGCGAGGAGGAGGAAGAGGAAGAAGAGGAGGGCGGCAAGAAGAAAAAGAAGGCCGCCAAACCUGCCGCCAAGCCCGCCGACGAGAAGGGCGUGUUCAAGGUGGAGUAUGCGUCUAGUGGAAGGUCGAAAUGCAAAGUAUGCAAGGACAUGAUUGGGAAGAACUUCUUCAGGCUCGGCGACGAGGUUGACUUCCGCGGUCGCAAGUCUCUAGCAUGGCAGCACUGGGGGUGCACCCCAUCUGAGCUAAUCUCCAAACUCAAGCGAUCAUAUGAUGAACCCAGCAACAUCGAGGGUUUCGAGGAUAUAAAGGAUGCUGAGAAGGACAAAAUUCGUGCUGCGUGGGAGGCAGGUGAAAUCCCCGAGGCAGACAAAGGUGUGGGCGAGCCUGUCGAGACCGAAAAGAAGAAGGCUGCUCCACGCAAAAAGAAGGCCGCAGCGGAAGAGGAGGAGGAAAGGCCUAAGAAGAGGGCUAGGAAAGCUAAGAAGGAAGAGUAUGAGGAAGAAGAGGAAGUGGAAGAGGAAGUGGAGGAAAAACCCAAGAAGAAACGCGCUCCCGCUAAGAAGGCCGCAGAGAAAGAAAAGGCACCAGCCAAGAAGCGUGCCGCCAAGAAGAAGGCUGAGUCGGAGGAGGAGUCUGGCGAAGACUUUGGUGAAGCUAUCGCGAAUGUGAGCAAUGGCGAAGAGGACGAGCUCUCGGAGGAAGAGGAGGAGGUCGCGCCGAAGAAGCGCAAGCGUGCUCCUGCAUCGAAUGCUAAGGCCUCAUCCUCGAAAGCUGCUGCGAAGCCGGCGUCGAAGAGGUCGGCAAAGCCUCCAUCUUCCCGAGGCAAAAAGCAAGUCCAAGCAUCUGAAGAGGAUGAGGACUAGUCCCCAUCUAGUGCAAUCAAUUGCUUCGCUCAAGAUUGACCUUCUGCCAUUGUGUCUUUGCUCGGUUGUCUUCGUUGUUGUCAUUUCCAGUGUUUAUGGUCUCUGUCAGUACGUUCUCUAUCGAUUGUCAUCUUCAGUGUAAUAUACGUGCGAAAGUAUCUUAAUCGUUAUAUCCUUUGUUGUUGCGGAAUAUGUUAAACGUCAAGUAUGGAUUCCCUGCCUCCGGUCGACAAGAUCUGGA